AUGAGUUCGAAUGCGGAAAAAUGCCCCGUGAUGGGAAUGGCUCCCUCGAAAAUUUCCAGCGUCGGUCCUCAAGAUAUCUACACUCUAGAGGCAUUGUCCCAUUUUAACCGGGAGAAGAUCCCCGAGCGAGCGGUCCACGCAUUAGGAGCUGGGGCGUACGGAGAGUUCGAGGUGACUCACGAUAUCUCCGAUAUCUGCAACAUUGAAUCGUUGCUCGGCGUCGGCAAAAAGACUGAAGUCAUGACUCGUUUCUCAACGACCGGUCUGGAACGUGGCUCCUCAGACAGUGUUCAGGAUCUCAAAGGCAUGGCCACCAAGUUUUUCACCAAAGACGGAGAAUGGGACUGGGUGUUCCUGAACUUUCCUUUUUUCUUCAUCCGCGAUCCUGCCAAAUUCCCCGAAAUGAUUCACGCUCAGCGACGGGACCCCCAGACGAACCGACCCAACCCCAACAUGCUCUGGAAAUUCGUUUCGGAGAAUCAUGAAUCCCUCCAUAUGACGCUGCUCCAAUUCAGUGACUUCGGCCGGAUGUUCACCUGGCGCACAAUGAGUAGCUACUCCGGCCAUGCAUUCAAAUGGGUCAUGGCCGAUGGCUCGUUUAAAUACGCCCAUUUUUUUCUGGCAUCCGAGCGUGGUCCCAAUUUUGAGAAUGGUUCAAUUGCCAAUAUUGACUCUAGCGAUCCCGACGCUGCUAGCAAAGACCUUUUCGAAGCAAUCGAGAGAGGCGAGAAUCCAUCAUGGAUCGCGAAAGUUCAGCUGGUGGAUCCAAAGGACGCGCCCAAUCUGGGCUUCAAUAUCCUCGACGUCACGAAACAUUGGAAUCUGGGGACAUAUCCAACGGGAGUGAAAUUGCUGGAGCCUCGGGAAUUUGGAAGAUUGACCCUGAACCGUAAUGUGACCGACUAUUUCCGCGAGGUCGAGCAGCGAGCGUUCUCACCAUCCAACUUGGUGCCGGGUAUUGAGGCCUCGGAAGAUCCCAUCUUGCAGGCCCGGAUGUUUGCGUAUCCCGAUGCACAACGGUAUCGCCUGCCGAUUACCCAGCAGCCCACUCCGCGGGCUCGCACUCCCUCGGCUUUAGGACCCCAGUCCGCACUUGGUCCUGAGUUCGUCGAGUGGCUCGCCGAAACUAGCUCCGCAGCAUGGUCCCAGUCUAACGAGGAUGACUACAGGUUCGCUCGGGAGUACUAUGAGGUUCUCCCUUCUUUCCGAGGCCAGGAGUUUCAAGAUCGGUUAGUAGAGAGACUGAUUGGGUCUAUUGCACAGACCUGCCCUGAGAUCCGAGAAAAAGUUUAUCACGCCUUCAGCUUAUUGUCUCUCGAGCUAGCUGAUAAGGUGAAGAGAGGUGUUCAUGAAGUUGACGGAAUCCAGAACCAAGCUUCCCAGCCAAAACUGUAG